CCGGGACCCCCGCCCAUGUUCCGGCGGGACGAGCGCAGCCGCGCCACGGUGGCGCGGGGGUCAGCGCUGGAUAUGGAACUGCGCCGGGGCCUCCGCUGCCCCCCGGCCCCGGUAUCGCAGGUACGGGAGCACCGGGAGCACCGGGAGCACCGGGAGCACCGGGAGCAGCGGGAUCAGCCCGGGCACGAGGCCACGGGGGCGGCCGCGGCCUCUCCCUGCCCCCCGGGUCCCCCGGCCCGUCCCGUCCCGUCCCGCUGCCCCGGCCCAGCCGGGAAUUCCGGUGGGAUCCGGCACAGCGGGAAGCGCCCGCGCCCCCGGCACCCGACGGAAAAUCCGCCCCAUUCCCAGGAGCCGGAGCUGCAGCGGGCUCUGGAGCGGGCUCUGCGGGUCCGGGAGGGCGCCCGGCGGUUGCUCCCCGCCUGCAGCCGGCCCGAGCAGGCGCUGGAGACCACCAAGACCCUGGUGCUGUGCGAUGCCAGGGUGGUCGCCGCGGGGGGAGAGCUGCAGCGGCGCCAGGAGGCUCGGCUGAGGGGGGCCCGACGCCCCUCGGACGCCGGGCCCGGGGCUGAGCGGGUGCCGUGCCGGGGCACCGUCUGCAUCUCAGACCUGCGCAUCCCGCUGAUGUGGAAGGACACCGAGUACUUCAGGAACAAAGGGGAGCUGCACCGCUGCGCCGUGUUCCUGCUGCUGCAGGUGGGGGCUGAGAUCCACGACACCCCCACGGUGCUGGUGGACCGGACCCUCACCGACAUCUGCUUCGAGGGCGCCGUGCUCUUGUUGGCCCACGCCGCGCUGUCCCUGGCGCAGGUGCACGAUGGGUUCCGCACCCACGACCUCGUCAUCGCCGCCGACGAGCAGAGCCCCUGCUGGGUGCCCCUGUAUGGCCGCAUGUGCUGCCGCCUGGCGGCCAGGCCGAGCUGCAUGGACACCCCCGCGGCGACAGGGACACUGCGGCUGCAGGCACCGGGGGCUGAGGGGCCGAGCGGGCCCCCCCUGUUCUGUGUCCUGCGGGGCCCGGGGCUGCUCUGCUACAGCAGCACCAGCGAGGCCGAGACCGGGCAGGAACCCACCCUCACCAUCGCUGUCACCAAGAUCGCGGCGGUGACCGACAUCCUGACGCGGCACCGGSGGGGUCCCCGCGCUCCCGGCCCCCCCCCGUGGCUGUCGCUGUUUGAGGGGUCCCCCCUGCGCAGCCCCAGCCCCCCCCGCCGGGGCCGCCCCCGCACCCUGUCCUUGGACGCCCGGCUCAGCACCCUCAAGGGCCGGGGGGGCCCCCCAAAACCCCCCCAUUCCAGCUCCUCCAGCAGCGGCAGCAGCAGCCCAGGGCCCCCCCAGCGCGACCCCCCCAGACCCCUCCAGUCCCGGGUGUGACCCCCAGAACUUGGGGGAGGGGGGAGAGAACAGGGAUGGACCCCCCCUCCUGCUCGUCUGGGGGGGCUGGGGGCUCCCAGCUUCUGUUUUUGGGGAGAAACUGGAAUUUCUGCCCCCCUCCCGUGCUGGGGGGGGGCUCAGGGCUGAACUCCAAAAAGGG